CGUUGGUGUAUGUUGCUCUGCUUACUUCCCGGUGUGCUUAGUGGGUUAUGUACUACACACGGUUUAUGUAUUUAUAUGCCUGGAUGUGAAAUGUUAACCACCAGCUUGUUUGUGAGGCAGUGAGAAGGAUCCUGCAACUCUCCAGAAGGAUCCUUGCCACCAGACAGGGUCUUCAUUAGUGUGUAAUGACGACCCGACGAAGGCGUGCGGGGUCUGAGUCUUUUGUGGAGGAGCCAUCAGCCCCUGGAGCACCAGUGUUUCUCAACCCACUCCAGCUCCAGCCAGACCCACAGUCUCAACACACUCUUUUUCCACAGGUUGUCAUUGGUGGCAGCAACAACGGACCCGAGUGGGGGUCACAGUCAGCUGAGGCAUACUACAAGAAAACUGAUUCAGUUGACCCAAACUUUAGAGGGCAGACAGGAGAGGUACAGAACUCACAGAUCAAUCAUUCUUGGUCUUCCCCUCAGCUGCAAGCAUCCAAUUUCCCACCUCAGAAUUACACCCAUUGGUCGUCAGGAAACUUGUACCAGCCUUCUGUAGAGGAAAGUGAGAUGGCAGCCCGUGACCGUACACAGGAGUUCAGCCGUAUUGUGCGCUCCCAGCAGGGCAGCAGCUUCAAUGGUUCUGUGCCUCACCGAGACAGCAAGAGGCCAAGAGAUUUGCGACAGUAUCAAGAUUUUAUGCAGAGAUCUAGAUUAAUAGGAAGAAAUAUAUCUAGCACAUAUGCCAAGUUGGAAAAGUUAACUCAUUUGGCCAAGAAACGGUCAUUGUUUGACGACAGUCAUGACUGUGAGAUUCAAGAACUGACUGGCAUCAUCCGACAUGACCUCUCCUCCCUAACCAAGCAGUUGGGUGAUCUGCGCACUCGCUCCAUGGCUGCCUCUCAUGGGGGUAGUAGUGCUCACCAACAAAAGCACUCCUCCAACCUAGUGGGGACACUACAGACUAAGGUUGCAUUCAUUACACAAAAGUUCAAGGAUGUUUUGGAAGUCCGAACUGAGAACUUAAAGAAGCAGGCCGAGCGCCGUGACCACUUCACAGGUGGAGUGGUAAGUGGUGAGCUUCCUCCAGCAGCUAUUGCAGGCCACCACCAGGGCUCAGUGUUGGUGGCAGAUGAAGCAGCAGCAGUAGCUCAUAACCCUGGCAGAGAACUAACCCGCACUGGAGGUGGGGAGGUAGCGAUCAACUUUGACAGUGGCAAUGCAUACCAGCAGCAGUUGCAGUUAAUGGAAGAACAGGACACCUACCUUCAGAGUCGAGCUGACACUAUGCGUACCAUAGAGUCAACAAUUGUGGAAUUGGGACAGAUGUUCACCCAGCUGGCCACCAUGGUUAAAGAACAAGAAGAAUUGGUGCAUAGAAUUGAUGCCAAUGUGGAUGAUGCUGAGAUGAAUGUGGAAGCAGCCCAUCAUGAAAUUCUCAAGUACUUUAAGUCAGUUUCAUCUAACAGGAUGCUAAUGAUCAAGGUGUUUGGUAUAAUGAUUGUCUUCUUUGUAAUUUUUGUUGUCUUUAUGGCCUGAGGAUUGUUAUAUUAUAUCCAGAAUUAUAUUAUUAAAAUUUAUCUUGCAAUAUUUAUUCCUUUAAUCUAUAUGUUGUUAUUUUAUCUGUCUGAAAUAUACUGUGAUAUUUCUUUUGGAGAAUUCUUAUAGUUUCAUUUGGGUAAUGAGUGAAACGUGGAGAUGUGAGAAACUUCAAAAUCUGUGGUGUUAUUCCUUAUGUAGUCAGGCAUUGUUUUAUAUCACAGAAGAUAUCACUGGAGAUGCAUAUUGUUACAGCCAUGUAAAGUCAGAUUCAACCUUUAAUAUGUAUAUUUAAUCUUUACCACUCAGUUUUUUUUAAGUUAUGUAUGGUUAUUGUAUGAGUGUAUGAUUAUUGUAUAUUUACUCUGUAGCUCAUUCAAUCAUUUAGUUGUUAGGAUUGUAUAGGAAUUAUUUAUAUAUAUGAAAGCUUAAACAAUAAAACACACUAUUU